AUGGCCUAUGACAGCUCAGGGAUCGGAAGUGAUGGAAUCUGCAUCUCUCCCGAUCCCAUCGAAUGGGAAGCGGAGACACUGAACCGUGACCAGCCAAGGCGCACGCAGACAUGUGCAGGCUUGGCUAGUACUCAGAUCACUUCCUGCUCCUUCCCAAUCACAGGAAUUCGGUACUUGCCUGAAGAAGCUAUUCAUUUUACCAAGUGCUCACCAACUUCCGAUGAGUGCCCUAAGGAUUCCUCUUGUGUAGAAACCAAGCGUGGAUACUACUGUGCUUGCGAUAACGACUUCUACAAUGACAGAGACUGGCUGACGAUAACUUACCCUGGAGGACAGUGUUCUGAUAAAUGUACAGACGAUGAGGAUUGUCCUGGGGGUGCCAGCUGUCAAAACCAAGUUUGUUACUGUCCACCCCAACAGUGCGAUUCAAAAUAUUUGCCAGCGUGCGUUAGGAAGAUACGACUGAAUGGGAAAUGCACAGCUGGGGGAUGGCGGUUUGGAUCCUUGGAGGCAGUGUUCAGUGGGUACAUAUCUGGACGGGGGACCCAUCCGUGGUGUGGGUGUCCUCCAGUAGUCGGACGGUCAGAUUGGUAUGACCGCCCCGAGCAACAGUACAACGCCACCAACGCAAAUGACACCAAGUGUGGAGAUCAGUACAACAACAGCAACAAUACACAGUACACCUUGGAGAACCUUCACCGUCCCGACGCCACAAAUGUCACAGCCAGUAGAGAAAGUCGGGUCAUCCUCCUUCUAUGCAGUGCGGUGGAGGUGUAUGAAUCCCAGAACAUUUGCCAAGUAGAGCAGCUCACAUACUACAAUGUGAAGGCCAUUAUGUCUCUUCUACUACAGGAUGCAUUUUGCACUUUGUUGAGGGAGAACGCUCGCAUUCAGGAACAAUCCUGUCAAACAAAUGAGACCAACAUUUCCGUGGAGCAAGUAGCUCAGAAAUUCACCAAUGUUCUCAACCACGUUACCCUGACCAACUUGACCACCUCAGAGCGACGAUCAGCUGUCACCUCUAUAGUUACUAGCGUAGAGAACUCGCUGUUGGAGAUGUUCUCUAAAGAUCUACAGAACCAAAACAUCAGCACUCCAGAACUGGAGGUUCAGACGAAGGUUUCCAGAGAUGUAUGUGGUACGGGAGCCCCGUCCAUAACCCUGACUGUCCUGGAUAACAUCAUGAGCGUGCCAUGUACACAUGUGACCAGAGAUACGGAUGGAGCAAUCUUAAUUUCCUAUAAAGGACUUGAGACAUUAGGAGAAAACGACCAAGAAGAUACAGAGGAGAUUAUUUCCCCCAUAAUCAGUGGAGCCAUCACCAGUCCCAAUAUAGAAAUCCUGGAGCCCCCGGUGGCCUUCUACCUGAAACAGCUGAAGGUCGUUCCUCCUUCCUUCAUCGUCCGAUGUGUGUUCUGGGACACAGAGGAAAGGGUUUGGUCAAGCCGAGGAUGCGAGACCAAGAUGGCCGACAGAGAGAACAGCACUCUCUGCAUCUGCAACCACCUGUCCACCUUCGCUGUCCUCAUGGCACUCAGUGACAUCCAGGAGGAUGGUGGCCUCAUUCUGAUCUCUCGCAUUGGCCUGAGUGUGUCCCUCGUCUGCCUGUGUCUGUCUCUGCUCACCUUCACCAUGUGCCGGUCUAUAAGGAGCGCUCACACCUCUGUCCUGACGGCUCUCUGCCUGUGUCUCUUCAUUGGACAGAUUCUGGUUCUGUUCGGUCUUCAUCAGACUGGCAAUAAGGUCCUGUGUGCCGUGAUUGCGGGUCUCCUCCAGUUCUCCUUCCUCUGUGCCUUCUGCUGGAUGUCUCUGGAGAGCGCCCUACUCUUCAUGACGGUCCGGAACCUGCAGGCCAUGAACUACCUGACAUCCAAACGCUCCCAUUUCCCGUAUAUGGGUAUAGCCGGUUUCGGAAUUCCUCUCAUCAUCAUUAUCGUCUCUGCAGCUAUGCGGCCGGAUGGCUAUGGAACAGAAAAAUAUUGUUGGCUCCAUCUUGACCUCAUCUGGAGUUUCCUGGGUCCAGUGUGCGUGUUCAUCACUACGAACUUCACUCUUCUGGUUCUCACCUUUGCGCUUCUCAAGAAGAAAAUGGCCUCUCUUAAUUCAAACGUUUCAACCAUAAAGCAUACCCGUCUUCUGACAUUCAAGGCUUUGUCCCAACUCUUCAUAUUGGGCUGUACCUGGAUUAUUGGAAUCUUCCAGUUUGGAUCGGGCGCCUUGGUCAUGUCCUACAUCUUCACCAUCUGCAACAGUCUCCAGGGAUUGUACAUCUUCUGUGUGCACUGCCUGCUCAACCGCCAGGUAUGGAAAGAAUAUAUGAUGGGAUUCCAUAGAUUCCAUUCCAAGAAGUCGGAGUCGGAAACCAUGUCUAGCAAUACAGCGCCCACCGCAUUAAAAUUGUCUUCUGACAUUCAAGGCUUUGUCCCAGCUCUUCAUAUUGGGCUGUACCUGGAUUAUUGGAAUCUUCCAGUUUGGAUCGGGCGCCUUGGUCAUGUCCUACAUCUUCACCAUCUGCAACAGUCUCCAGGGAUUGUACAUCUUCUGUGUGCACUGCCUGCUCAACCGCCAGGUCAUGUCAUACUUGAUUAUCACGUCUCAUGA